UCAGUUGAGCUCAGGAUCUCUCCUGCCGACUCCAUGCAGCAAGUCAUCAGUGUCUGGGUGCGAGACCCGCGGAUACAAAAGAAUGACUUCUGGCAUGCCUACAUGGACUAUGAGAUUUGUUUACAUACCAACAGUGUGUUCUUCACCAAGAAGACUUCCAGAGUGAGAAGGAGAUUCAGUGAGUUUGUGUGGCUUAGACAGAAACUACAGGAAAAUUCUCUCCUACUCAUACAGCUACCACGGCUUCCACCCAAAAACCCCUUCUUCAGUCUGAACAACGCCCAGCAGGUUGCAGAUCGGAUGAAAGGACUCCAGACGUUUUUGGAAAAAAUCCUCCAGAGCAAUCUGGUGUUAUCCGACAGCUGCCUGCACCUUUUCCUUCAGUCCCAGCUGAGCAUUUCCAAAAUGGAGGCCUGCGUUGCCGGAAAGACCAGCUUCACCGUGGCCCAGGCUGUACAGAGCUGCGGCCUGAGGAGAUUUCACUCAGAAGAGGACCUGCAGAGGGACCUCAGCGUGUCCUGUGACUCUGACUCAGAUAGCUCAGAGUGCAGAGAUUCAAGACACAAGACAAAAGAGUUGACAUUAAACAAGUCAAGGAGUGCAGACACCCUUGAUCUGAGGGGAACCUGAAGAGAGGAGACGUUCAGCUGCUCGCCUGGUUCUGGAUGACAACUGAAAACUACUUAAUGAAAGUUCAAGUCUAUUUACUUGAUUCAUGUUCAUCUUUCUAGAUGUGAAAUGACCUUAACAAAUGCAACUUGUUACCUUUCCCUGCAACCAUUUUCACAUUUGUGUAAUUUGCAUUCUCCUAAUUGGAAAGCCGGUUUCACAAAAUCAGUAAUUAUUUUUAGUUCAGCUUCCAUUUGUGUGCUGUGUGAACAUGGCUUGGAAACGUAUUCACACCACUAGAACUGUGUCUUAUACUGCUCUUAUAUUAUAAUAUCAGACAUGACAACUGUUAUGUUGCAAACCGACAAAAAGUCACACAGCUUCUUAACAUUUUUUAUAAAUAGAAAUGUGAGGUGAGUGAAGCGUGUGCUAGGGUUUCCUGAUACCCUUAGGUUGUUGUUUACUGCAAGAUGAGGUCAGAAAACACAUACAAAACAAAAUGCCUGACGGAAAAAAGCAAACAAACACUGGAUGUAACAAUUAACAUGGUCAGAGUUGAAUGGAGAGACGAAUGGCGCUAAAUUCACAAUAAUACUGGAUGGAAAACCAGUGGAGGCUUGAGACUGAUGCAGAGGUUCACCUUACAGCUGGUCAACAACCACAAACAUACCGUACACCCACAGCAUGCUCAUGUGGUAAAAUGGAAUCUGCUGCAGAAUUUGACAAAGUAAUGUUCAUGGACAACUUGACUUUACUUAGCUAUUUUGGGAAGAAAAAUGGGUAAAAGUAUCAAUUUGUUAAUGUGCAAAGCUCACUUUUCAGAUUCCUAUUUCUGAAACAACUUAUUUUACUUUUAUGUGUCAACUAGAUGACUUAAAGGUUUACUCGGGGGCAUGAAUGCUUUUGUAAAAUUGUCCAUAAUGUUUUGUUGUACUGUGAUAUUGUGCUGUGUGCGUGGCAGAAAAUGUGUAAUAAUGUUGCGCCUGUGGGUGGCAGUGUUGUCACAGUUUGUACAUUUAUCUUUCGGAAACAUGUGCUGUAACUGUGUGUUGUAGCUUCAUAAAUUAAUUUUGACAGAA